CAUAAAAGCCGCGAAACCCUAAUUUAUUUUCUCCUCUCUCAUUCUCCUGCUAACGCACCUCACUGCCACAACUUUCUGUAGCAGGAGAAACCCCAAACUCUUACAGCUCCGCCUAUCUCUCGUUUGUUCUCUCCCUCUAUCUGUCUCUCUAUUUACACAGACGUAUACACACGUUCUCUCUCCCUAAAACGUCAUGCCUUCGUUAGAUAUAUCUGAUUAUCUACUCGCCGAGACCACUCCAAAGGAGAAAAAGGAGAAGAAGAUGAAAAAGUCGAAAAGCGAAACCCUAGAAGCCGACUCUCCAAGUACUGAGAAGAAGGCGAAGAAAGAGUCGAAGCUUAAAAAACGUAAGGCUUUGGAUGUCGAAGCCGACGAAGAUAGGAGCGAGACUAGCUCGGAGCUCGGCGAGGCCGUGAAUGCCAAGUCCAAAAGCGAGGAGAAGACCAAGAAGAAGUCGAAGAAAGCCAAGGUGGAACAAGAGGAGGAGCCCAAGAUUGAGGUGAAAAAGGCUGAAGAGGAUCCUAAUGCGGUCUCGCGGUUUCGGAUUUCCGAGCCGUUGAAGGCCAAAUUGAAGGAGAAGGGCAUUGAGUCCUUGUUUUCCAUUCAGGCCAUGACCUUCGAUACCAUUUUGGAUGGUUCUGAUUUGGUGGGUCGGGCGCGCACUGGCCAGGGUAAAACUCUGGCUUUUGUGUUGCCCAUUUUGGAGUCUUUAAUAAAUGGCCCUGCAAAAGCAUUUAGAAAGACUGGUUAUGGUAGAGCUCCAACUGUUAUCGUACUUUUACCCACUAGGGAACUAGCGAAACAGGUUUUUGCCGACUUUGAGUUUUAUGGUGGUGCUAUGGGGUUAGCAGCAUGUUGUGUAUACGGUGGAUCUCCCUACCAGCCUCAAGAAUAUAAGUUGAAGAGAGGGGUUGAUAUUGUUAUUGGAACACCCGGACGUAUAAAGGAUCAUAUAGAGAAGGGAAAUAUCGACUUAAGUACCUUGAAGUUCCGGGUCCUUGAUGAGGCUGAUGAAAUGUUGAGGAUGGGGUUUGUUGAUGAUGUUGAACUCAUUCUAGGAAAGGUAGGGGAUGUAAGUAAAGUUCAAACGCUUCUCUUCAGUGCAACUUUGCCGGAUUGGGUGAAAGGCAUUUCUUCUAGGUUUCUUAAACCAAAUAAGAAAACUGCUGAUCUGGUUGGUAAUGAAAAAAUGAAGGCCAGUCAUAAUGUUAGGCAUAUUGUUCUUCCUUGCUCCAGUUCAGCAAGAUCACAACUUAUUCCUGAUAUCAUUCGUUGUUAUAGCAGUGGAGGCCGCACAAUCAUUUUCACUGAGACUAAGGAAGCUGCUUCUGAACUUGCUGGGUUGCUGCCUGGAGCACGUGCUUUGCAUGGGGACAUACAGCAGGGUCAACGCGAGGUCACACUCUCUGGUUUCAGGUCUGGCAAGUUUAUGACAUUAGUGGCCACAAAUGUGGCAGCGCGUGGAUUGGAUAUCAAUGACGUUCAAUUAAUUAUCCAGUGUGAACCUCCACGUGAUGUUGAAGACUAUAUCCAUCGAUCUGGACGCACAGGCAGAGCAGGCAAUACUGGAGUUGCUGUAAUGCUUUAUGAUCCCAGAAGGUCAAAUGUUUCAAAAAUCGAAAGAGAGUCAGGGGUGAAAUUCGAACACAUAAGUGCUCCUAAGCCAGUUGAUGUUGCCAAAGCAGUAGGUCAGGAUGCAGCAGAAAUGAUAACCCGAAUCUCUGAUAGUGUAAUUCCCGCUUUCAAGUCUGUUGCCGAGGAGCUACUUAAGACCUCUGAACUAUCUGCUGUAGAACUACUGGCAAAAGCGCUUGCUAAGGCUGCUGGCUACACCGAGAUAAAGAAGAGAUCACUUCUAUCCUCUAUGGAGAACCAUGUCACAGUACUCCUCGAGGCUGGAAAACCUAUUUAUUCACCGUCUUUUGCUUAUGGGGUCUUGAGGAGGUUCUUGCCUGAGGAGAAGGUUGAGUCAGUGAAGGGUAUGGCGCUAACAGCUGAUGGAAAAGGCGCAGUGUUCGAUGUAGCAGCUGAAGAUUUGGAUAUGUUUCUUGCUGGUCAGGAAAAUGCGGCUAGUGUGAGCAUAGAGGUAUUGGAAUCACUGCCGAAUUUACAAGAAAAAGAAGCAAGGGGAGGAAGAUUUGGCGGUGGUGGUGGCUUCCGUGGUGGAAGGUUUGGCAGGGGUGGUGGUUCUUCUGAUAGAAGAAAUGAUAGGUUUUCAAACCGAUCCGGUGGUGGGAGAGGUCGCAGCAACUAUGGAAACAAAUGGUGAAACCUUCUAUCAAUGUUCCUCAACACUUAAUCUGUUGUGAGCAACACAAAACAAUAAAGGUUGCAUUUACAAUGGUUUCAAGUGGUGGAGGGACGAGAAGCCAGUUGAUCUGAUGAGUUGGGGUAGAGCAUAUUUUGACAAUGAAGAAAAUAUUCAGUAGAGGGCCUUGGUUUGGCUCAUUAAGGGAUCAUUUUUUUGUUCGUUUUGCGUAUAGCCUAUUAUUCUGUCAACCCCUUUCUCUAUUUUAUUCUACAAUUUUGUUCUCGUUUAUUAGGUCCUAGUUUGUGUUUUUUCCUUUUAACCCUUUACUAGUCAAUGAGAUUUUCCUUAUUUUUCCUAUCUGCUUCUCAAGUUCGUGGAAUGUAAGAACGGU